UUUUAGGGUUUGUUACAAAGACGUUCUUGGCUGUACAGCGAAAGACUAGUGUUAUUUGUCUUCUGACUCUUCGUCUUAAAUAAUUUGUAUUUGAUCUGAAAAGAAAUGAACCAGUUCGUGAACUGAUUAGUUUUCGUACUAAGCAUCUCCGGCGCGCGGCAUUUCUACAGUAUCCGCGAAAAUUACAGAGAGAUUCGGAAGCAAAAGCAGCUCAGUAAUUUUUUAUCCGUUAAACGCUCUGUGCGCGAGUUAGAUAUCGACAUUAGCAGCCCUUCGAUUUUGACUCCGGUCACACUUCCAUGGAGCUUGUAUGCCGGAGGAUGUAAAACGCUCGUGACGUUGAAACUAAGUAACAUGACUCUUGUGGACGCUUCUUCCUUGCCAGCUUCUUUCCCGUCUCUUAAAAAUUUGAGCCUCGUGAAGAUGAAGUACCCGAGUGAGGAAUUUAUCAACAAGCUUUUAGCUAGUUGUCCUGUUCUUGACGACUUGGCUGUGGAACAGUGUAGUGGUGACGGUGUGACCGUUCUCGCUGUUCAAAUACCGUCUCUAAAGAGUUUAUCAUUGCGAAAACGACCAGACACGGAUGAUGACGAAGCUUAUGGUUUUGUGAUAGAUACUCCUUCUCUGUUGAGCUUUGACAUUGUUGAUCAUUGCGGUGAGCUUUGUGUCGUCGAAAGUUAUAUGCCUGAGAUUGUGUAUGUGAAUCUCGACAUUAAUUAUCGUCGUCCCUGGAAGAUGUUGACUUCUCUUUCUUCAGUCAAGGAGCUCGAGUUAUGUUUAACAUCCUCAAAGGUAAAAUGUUAUUUAUAUUGUUUCACCAUCUUCAUAUCUCUGUUUGUUUUAGAUAUAGUCAAUCUGUUUGCAUUAUAUUUCCUUAUUAUGCAGGAAUAUCCUGUUGGUAUUGUCUUCCACAAUCUUGUACAUUUAACGAUAUGCACAUGUGAGACAGAGUGGUUGAAUCUACUUUUGUGUGUGCUCAAAGAUUCACCUAAGUUACAAGGCCUCAGGAUUGAACAGUACCAUAACAUUCGAACUGGGGAACAGCGGUCCUGCUGGAAGGAACCAAGCUCAGUUCCUGGAUGUGUGUUAACGAGUCUUGAAACUCUGGAAUGGGUUAAAUACGAAGGAACAGAAGAAGAGAAAGAGGCAGCAGCAUUUAUUUUUAGAAACGCAAGAUUUUUAAAGAAGGCAACUAUUUCCUCUUCAUCGACGGAUCCGGUCAAGAAACUUGAGAUGCUCAAAGGGUUGUCAUUUCUAUCAAGGUGUUCAAGUUCCUGUCAUCUGACAUUCGACUGAAGUCACUAGAUCCUUAAGGGUAAAUUAAGACAUAUUCAAUAGUCUAAAUAAAAAUCUUUUCGUUUGGGUUGGUUUGCUUUGUGUUCCCAGUGGUCCACUGUUUCUGCUUUUUGAGAAACACAAAUUAAAUAUGAAGAUCAAAUCCUUAAAAGAGUCUUUAAUUAGGGGAAAUUGCCAUAUUUAAUGUGUCUUUGGUUUUCCAUUUUUUAAUGUAAAUUUGAAUCAAAUUAAAUAUUA